AUGUCGCUAGUACCUUCUCCUUGCAACAAGCUAUUAUUAGCAAGAAAGAUUUUGGCUGCAAUGUCAAAAUUUUCAAGUGCAGUGAAGACUGACUUAGAGAAAUUUGAUGGAAGAAUCAAUUUUGACUUGUGGAAAAUUCAAUUCAAAGAUGUUUUGAUACAAAUAGGAUUACAGAAGGAGUUGAAAAAAAACAUUUCCAACAUGGGCAACGAGAAAUUGGAGGAACUAGAUUUGAGAGUUUCGAGUAUAAUCUGCAUGUCUUUGGCUAAGAAUAUUCUUGCGAAUAUUCAUGUAUCUGAUCAUCUAAGUGUUCUAUAUGGUAUUGUUUCUGAAUUGGAAACUAUUGGAGUCAAGAUUGAUGAUGAAGAUAAAGAUUUGAGACUCAUGUUGUCUCUUUCAUCAUCCUAUGAGCAUAUUAAACCUGUUUUGAUAUAUGGGAAGGAAAGUUUGAGUUUUGAAGAAGUGUCUAGUAAAAUUGAGGGUGAGGAUAAUACUUCAUCAAACUCAGUGUUAGUUGAUAGAGGAAGACCUUAUGUGAAAAAAACAAUAAAACAGGCUUGUAUUUGGGAUUACUUCAAUUUGAAAAAGCAUACAUUACUGACGGCUUCAGACCACCAGACAUUGGAGGAUGCAAACAUGACAAUGGACCAUGAUAUUCUUCUAGAAGUUUCAGUCGAUACAGAUCGUUCUUCUCAUUCUGGUGUGCAUUCAAUAGGAAAUGAAUUAGCAUUGGUACCAUUAGAACCUCCAAGAUCAUCUGUGUCAAUUGCAGGGGGACCUACCUUGUCAAAUGGUCACUCAACUGGGUCUGGUUUUAAUUUGUAUCAGGGAAGUUCCGUAAGUUCAUCAUUGACUACCAUGGAUGAUAACUAUGACAUAUAUAGAGGUGAAAGAGGUGGUUUAGCAGGUCUGCAGAACUUGGGGAAUACCUGCUUUAUGAAUAGCACUCUUCAAUGUUUAGUCCACACUCCACCACUUGUUGAAUUUUUCUUACAAGAUUACAACGAUGAGAUCAACAGGGACAAUCCUUUAGGAAUGAGUGGUGAGUUAGCACUUGCAUUUGGUGACUUGUUGAGGAAACUCUGGUCCUCUGGGCGAACUGCAAUUGCACCACGCGCGUUCAAGGGAAAGCUGGCCCGAUUUGCUCCACAAUUCAGUGGUUAUAACCAACAUGAUUCUCAAGAAUUGCUUGCCUUUUUAUUGGAUGGACUGCAUGAAGAUUUGAAUCGUGUGAAACAAAAGCCUUACAUUGAAAUGAAGGACUCAGAUAAUAGGCCAGAUGAGGAAGUUGCGUACGAGUGUUGGAAAAAUCAUAUGGCUCGGAAUGAUUCAUUGAUUGUUGAUGAAUGCCAGGUGAGUCAAUACAAAUCAACAUUGGUUUGUCCUGAAUGUGGCAAAAUUUCAAUUACUUUUGAUCCAUUUAUGUAUUUAUCAUUACCACUUCCUUCAACUGUCACCCGGGCAAUGACAAUUACUGUCUUUUAUUGUGAUGGGAGUGGUCUUCCCAUGCCGUACACAGUGAAUGUUCUGAAGCAUGGUUGCUGCAGAGAUCUUUGCCAAGCAUUGGGCACUGCAUGCUGUUUGAAGAGUGAUGAAAUGCUUUUGCUUGCAGAGGUUUAUGAGAAUAAGAUUUAUCGAUAUCUAGAGAAUCCGUUAGAGUCAUUGACUUCUAUCAAGGAUGAAGAACAUAUUGUGGCCUAUCGACUCAAGAAUGGAGCCAGGAAAACAAAACUAGAAAUAUUGCAUCAAUGUCCGGAUAAUGUGAAGGGUGGAGACAGGAAGAUCUUUGGAACUCCCUUGGUUACUUAUUUGGUAGAAGAUCCUCAAUAUGGAGCAAACAUUGAGGCAUAUGUACAUAGAAUGUUGGCACCUUUAGGAAAAGCACAUUCUUCAACUAGGUCUCAUGAAGGGAAGGAAAAUGGUUUCAUCUCAGGUGGUAGUGAUGAGCGCUUUUAUCCAUCCUCAAAAGUGAAGAAGUCAAAGGAAGAGAGUGACAAAUCUGACGAAGAAGUUUCCGAAAAGGAAGAAACGGGUUUAUUCGUCAGACGCUAUAAUAGAUAUCUUAAGAGGAACAAGCUCAAGCAUACCGAUAAAGGUCUAGUGAAUUUCAAAAAUACUCAUCCACUUAAGAAGGAUCACAAGAAAGAAGAUGAUGAGAUCACAUGCUAUGAAUGUGGUAAAUUAGAACAUUAUAGAACUAUAUGUCCAAAUUUCACCAAACAUCAUAAAAGCAAAGACAAAGUCUUCUACAAGACGAUGGGAAAAUCUUCCAAAGGUUGUAGAGCCUACAUCUCAUGCAAAGAAGAGGUGGAAAGUUGCUCCUCCGAUUCUUGCUCGAGUUUAGAUGAUGAGUGUGCAAGAUUUUUCUUGAUGGAAUGA